CUACGGCGGCUGUGGUUGCGGUGUGUUUGUCACAGAGCCCAGCCAAAGUGAUCAGCCAGGCUCGGGAGUGGCUUCCGAUGAGGGGGGUGCCCCUGCUGCUGGCGGCCCUGCUGCUGGCCUGUCAGGCCUGCCACGGAGUGGGAGAUCACCCCGCAUGCCGGCAGAAGGAUGCGGGCCUGCAGAUUCGUUCCGACCGCUUCUUCCUGGACGGCAAGCCCCUGCAAAUCAUCAGUGGCAGCAUGCAUUAUUUUCGCAUCCAUCCAAGCCAUUGGCGUGACCGCCUCCAGCGCGCUGCCGCUAUGGGCAUCAACACAGUCGAGGUGUAUUCCCCGUGGAACCUCCACGAGCCUUACCCAGGAGAGUAUGUGUGGACCGGGUUUGCAGACAUCGAGCGCUGGAUGGCUCUGAUCCAGGAGGCCGGUCUGAAGGUGCUGCUGAGGCCGGGACCCUACAUCUGCGCAGAGUGGGACAACGGCGGCUUCCCCUUCUGGUUUGCCUCCUCCAAGGUGGCUGGCGGGCGCACCAUGCGCAUGCGUACGGCUGACCCAGCCUACCUGGACCACGUGGGGCGCUGGUGGGCGACGCUCUUUGCCAAGCUGCGCCGCUACCUGCACAACACCAUACUCAUGGUGCAGAUUGAGAAUGAGUAUGGCUUCUGUGGGGAGGAUAAGAGUUACCUGCGCCACCUGGCGGGCUUGGUGCGCACCCACCUCUCCUCUGACAUCCUUCUCUUCACCACCGACCCGCCCGGGGUGGCACCGCGCGGCACCAUCCCAGGGGACGAGGUUUACACGGUUGUAGACUUUGGGCCUGGCUGGUUUGACCCAAACUAUGCGUUUGGCGUACAGAAGAGCCUCAACGCACCCGGCAAGUCGCCGCCCUUCUGCUCCGAAUUCUACACGGGUUGGCUGACGCACUGGGGUGAGCAGAUGUCCAACACCUCAACCGAGGUGCUGCUGAAAGACACGCAGGUCCUGCUCGAGUAUGCCAAUUCCACCGCCAGUCUGAGCUUCUACAUGGUCCAUGGUGGCACCAAUUUCGGGUUCUGGGCGGGCGCCAACGUGGACGGCACCCGCUACCUGCCCCACAUAACCAGCUACGACUACGACUCCCCAAUCAGCGAGGCGGGCGACUACUGCCAGCCGGGCAUCGGCGGCGCCUGCAAGUACCACGCGCUGCGUGACCUCAUUGCGCAGCACACGGGGCGCACGCUGCCGCCCGUACCCCCGCGCCCGGCGAUACAGAAGUACGGGCGCGUGGAGCUCAGGGACUCGCUGCCGCUGUUGGACGCCGUGGAGCAGCUGUAUGGCACGGAUGGCGGCGUGCGCACCGAGCUGCCCGACAUCAUGGAGGAGUACGGUCAGUGCUGGGGCCUGAUCCUGUACCGCACCCACGUGCCCGUCAGCGCUCUGGACAAGGGUGCCACUUUGGAUGUGGGCACCCCGGUGCACGACUUUGCCUCUGUCUUCCUGGAUGGGCAGUUGGCAGGGCGCAUGGAACGCUCGUCCCAGGGCGACACCAGCCUCGCCAUGGGCAGGAACAACUUUGGAUGCAACGUGGAAAGCUGGGACUUCAAGGGCCUGCAAUCUAAGAAUGUAACCCUCAAUGGCAAGGUGCUGCGCGGCUGGGAGGUGUUUGCCCUCUCGCUGGACGACCUCUCCACCCUCUCCUACGCCCCUGGCACUGCUGGUGCCACCCUGCUAGCCGCCGCGCGCCGCCGCAUGCUGGCAGCGCCCAACCUGGCACGCCGGAACGCCGCGGCGGGGACCACCUUCUUCAGGGGGAACUUCUCCAUCGAUGGCACCACUGCCCUGCGCGGCGCCGACGGCCACCUGGCGGACACCUACCUCGCGAUGCAUGGCUGGGGCAAGGGCAUAGCCUGGAUCAACUCGUUUUGCUUGGGCUGGUUCUGGCCUUCACGGGGACCCCAGAUGACUCUGUAUGUGCCAGGACCUGUGCUGCGCGAGGGGGACAACGAGCUGAUCGUGCUGGAGGUUGUAACCAGCCGCUGCUCGACGUUCUCGACACGCACGCCUCGCCCGGGCGGGCCUGCAGCCCCAGCCGCAGCACCCUGGGCGAGGGCUGGCCGCGGGUUGCCGGGAAGCCGAAGGCCUCCAACCAGCAUACGCGGCCAGGGCAGUCUGGAUGGCAGCUACGACAGCGAGGAGCUAGACUACGGCCUGGCGAGGGAGCUGGAGGGCCUAGCGCAGCACGACAAGUACACAAAGCUCGCGUCCAAACUGCAGCUGCUUUAUGACGCCAGCGAGCGAGGCAAUGUGGAGUCAUGCAGCUGCUGCCGGGGGAGCGGAGAGCAGGAGUGCAACUGGUGUGCCAUGACCAUUGGCGACACGCUUUACUGCAGCAACGGCGGCUGCACACCCUGCCCUGUGUGUCGCGGCACGGGCGCAUGCCAGUGCCCCAACUGCCGCGGCACCGGCAAGCGCGCUUCAUGGCUGACUCCCUCUGGGUGA